GGCGACACUGACUGGCACAGAUGGGUGGCACUGAUUGGCAGCAUUGAUAGGUGGCAAUGAUUGGCAUUGAUAGGUGGCACUGACUGGCACUGAUGGGUGACAUUGAAAGGCAGCACAGAUGGGCACUGAUAUGUGGCAUUGAUGUGCACUGGUAUGCACUGAUAUGUGGCAUUGAUGUGGCACUGACAGGUGGCACUUCUGGGGCCACACUGAUCAUCAGGGCACACUGAUCAUCAGUGCCCUGUGGCUCUCCUCUCCUCUGUCAGCGUGACAGCUCGAGA